AUGGCAGGGUGGAGCUGCCUUGUGACAGGAGGAGGAGGGUUUCUGGGUCAGAGGAUCGUCCGCUUGUUGGUGGAGGAGAAGGAGCUGCAGGAGAUCCGGGUGCUAGACAAAGUCUUCAGACCAGAAGUUCGGGAGGAAUUUUCUAAGCUCCAGAGCAAGAUCAGGCUGACCUUGCUGGAAGGAGACAUCCUGGAUGAGCAGUGCCUGAAGGAAGCCUGCCGGGGCACCUCGGUGGUCAUCCACACCGCCUCUGUCAUCGACGUCAUGAACGCCGUCCAGCGAGAGACCAUCAUGAACGUCAAUGUGAAAGGUACCCAGCUCCUGUUGGAGACCUGUGUGCAGGCUAGUGUGCCAGUCUUCAUCCAUACCAGCACCAUAGAGGUGGCUGGGCCCAACUCCUACAGGGAGAUCAUCCAGGACGGCCACGAAGAAGAGCAUCUUGAAACGGCAUGGUCCUCUCCAUACCCAUACAGCAAAAAGCUUGCUGAGAAGGCUGUGCUGGGAGCUAAUGGGUGGGCUCUUAAAAAUGGUGGCACCUUGUACACUUGUGCCUUAAGGCCCAUGUAUAUCUAUGGGGAGGGGAGCCCAUUACUUUUUGCCCACGUGGAAAAUGCCCUGAAGAACAAUGGCAUCCUGACAAAUCACUGCAAGUUCUCCAGAGUCAACCCAGUCUAUGUUGGCAACGUGGCCUGGGCCCACAUUCUGGCCUUGAGGGCCCUUCGGGACCCCCAAAAGGCCCCAAGCAUCCAAGGACAGUUCUACUACAUCUCAGACGGCACACCUCACCAAAGCUAUGAUGACCUCAAUUACACUCUGGGCAAAGAAUGGGGCCUCUGCCUGGAUUCCGGGAUGAGCCUUCCUGUUUCUCUGAAGUAUUGGCUUGCCUUCCUGCUGGAGAUAGUGAGCUUCUUGCUCAGUCCAAUUUACAGAUAUCGACCCCCCUUCAACUGCCACCUGGUAACCCUGUCAAACAGUGUGUUCACCUUCUCCUAUAAGAAAGCUCAGCGAGAGCUGGGGUACGAGCCCCUCUUCACCUGGGAGGAAGCCAAGCAGAAAACCAAGGAGUGGGUCGGCUCCCUGGUGAAACAGCACAAGGAGACCCUGAAAACAAAGACUCACUGA